CUUCUGGCGCGUACUAGUUCCUAGGAUGUGUUUGAAUUGAUCGAGUGUGGCGCGAGAUAAUAUGGGUUAUAGAAAUAAUAACAAAACACCCGGGACGAUUUAUACGACAUCAAUAACGACGGCAUUUUACAACACCUUAAAGCGAAACAUAAUAUUAAAAGAAAUUUCGAAGCUUCUGGCUGUUUAAUCAACGUCCACAACUUCUUCAAAUCUGAAAUAUUGUGUAAAUACUUUUUAGUUUGCAUUUUAUAGUAGAACAAACUGUCUUCCUAUGUCGGUUUCUCAUCAGACAACAGUGGUUAGUACGCCCCUUCCCCUGCCUACUCAUUUCUCUCAUGCCCAGCAGUCCUACUCCCUUAAGAAACGCAGACUUCCCUUCUCUUCCUCAACAUCAUCUUCCUCCCUGUCCCCUUGCCCGAUCUCUCACUCUUCACCGCCACGACCCCCGUCUAAAGGAUGCCCCCCACUCAGUCGAGUGUUUCCACACCGGCCUGCUCCGUGGAUACCCCUGUCACGCUCCCUUAUCGAGUCACCACCUCCUCGCUCUUUAUAUGAUCCGUCUCGAGCGCAGAACUUCUUCAACCAGUGCUUCACGAAUCUGGGCCUGAUUGGACGAGGUUCCUUUGGUGAAGUGUUCAAGGUUGUGAGUUUAUUGGAUGGCGCUCAGUAUGCUGUCAAGCGCUCAGUACAGCGUUUUCGCAGUGAGGGUGAGCGAGCGAGGAACAUUAAAGAGGCUCGUAAUCAUGAGGGACUAAAACAACACCCUCAUGUGCUGAAUUUCAUUGCAGCCUGGGAGGAGGGUGGUCACCUCUACAUCCAGACUGAGCUCUGCUGUUCCAGUCUGUUGGUUCUUGCUGAAGAAAGGCCAUCCCAUACUGGUGAGGCAUGUGCCUGGACAUACCUGUGUGACAUGCUCUCAGCACUCAAGUACCUGCAUGCUCAAGGAUUUGCCCACAUGGACAUCAAACCAGCAAAUGUUUUCGUCACAAAGUCUGGACGCCUAAAACUUGGAGACUUUGGCUUGUUGAUAAAGCUGUCUACCGAUGAUCAAAAACUAGAAAUAGAGGAGGAGGAUUUACAGGAAGGGGACCCCAGGUAUAUGGCACCUGAACUGCUAAGAGGGAAGUAUGGGACUGCUGCAGACAUAUUUAGUUUAGGAGUGUCCAUUCUGGAAUUGGCCUGUAACAUUGAGGUUCCUAAAGGAGGAGAUGACUGGCAGCAGCUCAGACAAGGUUAUUUACCUGCUGAAUUCACUAAUGCCUUAUCAGCAGAGCUGCAGUAUGUACUACGGCUCAUGUUGAAACCAGAGCCUUGUGACAGAGCCACAGCCUCGCAGCUGCUCACACUGCCUACUGUCUCCAAGCGCACGUGGAGGCGGCAGCUGUCCCUCUACAUCAUCGAAAGCUUCCUGUCCUUAUUUUAUUGCUGUCAAUCCCUCCUUACAGCUAGCUGGAGUUUUAUUUCAUCACUCAGUCUUCCAUUAACAUCUUUCUGUGCAUCCUCACCUCCCUGUACUCCUCCCAGAGAGAGAUGGGAGAGAGAGACAGAUCUGAGCCACUCAGAUAGCCCUACACAUGACUGUGUGUUUCCUUCAGAUGAACCCCAACACUCUCCCACCUUCUCACACAGAGUCAAGGCGAGGUUAUCUGUGGGCAGCACUUCCACACCACUGCAAAAAAAUUCUCCAUGUACCCCUACACACAGCCAGCAAACACGCACUCCCUCCAUCACUCCCUCCAGCAACAGCCCAAGCCCCAUUCAUCACAGCACGCAUCACCUUCAUUCAGACUCACUACACAGCCAAGACAGAAGGUGGAUCAACAAUGAACUCGCCAUUAAAAGCAUCUUUGAGCCAAAAAACCUGCUGACACUUUUUGAUGAGGUCAACAUAGACAAUGAGCCAUGAUUUCUGAUUAUAACAGUGUUAUUGAGGGAAUGUAUAAUUUCAGAUUUCACAAGCUGCCCUGUUUUGGUAUUGAUUUUGUGGACAUUUGAUUUUUUUUGUCUGUUUUUGUUGUCUUUCUUUUAUUUGAGAAAACAUUUAAAGAUAUUGAAAGGGAUUUAUAUUGAACCUGGUUGAUCAUUAUUUUUGGGGGGAGGGAACAAGUAUGAUGGUGUUUGCUUCUAGUGUGCAAAUAUGAAUUCUAAGUUCUGUAAACAGUGUAUCAUUAAAAGACUACUAAAUCUUAUAUUAAUUGUUAACGAUUUAGCAACAUGAUCACUUGUUGGUUUUCUUGUCCACAAUAAAAC